AUGGGAUACAAGCAGAGGCACGACAUGAGCUUUAAAAUUGCAUCCAGCCAACGGCAUCCAAUGUAUAUGCGCUUGAGCCCGAACCGAUGCCAAAUCUUGAGGCGGACCUUUUUGACUCGUGCGAGCCACGGGAACCGGCGCGAGAGGACGGCGAGAGGUACAAAGAAGGAAGGGCUCGCGGUGGCCGGUUUGAAUGGCCGACCGGGAACCGGCCGUCUCGUCUCCUCCCGGAGAAGCCAAACUGCUCCACUUCUUUCCCUGUCGAAACCUCUUCAGAAACUCCUCUCUCAUAUGCUUCCACUCCUCCGCGCCUCUCCCUUUCCCAAACUCCUCCUCCGCCCCCCAAAUUGUCGUACCUUCUCCUACCAUCCUUCCUCUUCUAAGAAGAAAACGAUGGGUGGUAUCACAACCCCAGAGAGGAAUUUGAGAAGCCGACGCUCUCCUCUCAGCGGCGGACCGAGGAGCAAUAGGGUGACACCUCAACAGCAUCGAACUUCUCCAAGCAGGAUGAUAGGUAGGGUGAGAAAUCCUGAAAGUGAUCCUGAGGAUCAUCGUUUUGACAUCUGUUGGAGUGAAACAGUAGGGCCUGUAACAUUGAAAAAUUCUUUACUUGAACUUAAUCGAGAAAAAAGAAAGGAAAUUGAAUGCUCCCAGAAUCCUCCGCAGCGUGCAUAUCUGAGAUCUGGGAUGAUUCUACUGAAGAAUUAUGUCAGCCACCAUGAUCAGGUUAAAAUUGUCGGAAAAUGCCGAGACCUUGGAAUUGGUUCCGGAGGAUUCUAUAGACCAGGCUAUAGAGAUGGUGCAAAGUUACGUCUGUACAUGAUGUGCUUGGGCAAGAACUGGGAUCUGGACUCAAGAUUAUAUGAAGAUAAUCGCCCAAUAGAUGGUGCCAAAGCACCUGAAAUUCCAGAAUACUUCAGAAAAUUAGUUGGUAGAGCAAUUCAAGAUUCUCAUGAUUUUUUGAGGCAAAAUUAUGAAGAUGUUAACAUUGAAGAUGAAGUUCCAAAUAUGUCACCAGACAUCUGCGUUGUCAACUUCUAUAACAACGCUGGAAAACUUGGUCUCCAUCAGGACAGAGAUGAGAGUAAAAAGAGUCUUCAUAAAGGGUUGCCUGUUGUUUCUUUUUCUUUGGGUGACUCUGCUGAAUUCUUAUAUGGAGUGGAAAGAGAUGCAGAUAAUGCUGAAAAAGUAGUGCUUGAAUCUGGUGAUGUCUUGAUGUUUGGUGGCAAUUCCAGGCUUAUAUAUCAUGGAGUUUCAUGCAUUCAUCCAAACACGGCACCAAAGAGGCUCAUUGAGGAGACAAAACUGCGGCCUGGACGUCUCAAUUUGACUUUCAGACAAUACUAGCAGAUCUAGUUCCUGUUUUCUUUUGGCUAUGUUCAAUGAAUCUCUCUUCCUCUCUCUUGUUGAACAAGGUUGUAUUUGGAUGUGUCCUAUGGAUAGCGAGAACCAGAAGGAUUGAAUAUUUGGUUGGUGCAUCUGAUUUAGCAUGACGAUAACCUCAAGAUGGGUCGCAUCUUGUCAUCCAUUGAAGCUCCUGCAUUGCUUUCUUCCUUGGGUCUCCAUCAAUCUACAUGGUGCCACGACAAAUGAUCGCCUGAUCAACUCCGUCAUCAUUUGUCCAUGAUGUUAUCAGAUAAGGUUGUUGACAAUUUUGGUGGAUAAGGAGAAGCUGGCGAUUUUGUAUCGUUUUUGUGAUCUUGUUGCCGGUUUGACACGAGGCAUAACAUGUAGCAGAUAAUUUUUGUGAUUUUGUAAGAGGAAGAGAAGGGGAUCAUGAGGCAUAACAUAUAGCAGUGCAGGUAUAGAAAAUCUUUCAAUUUUCUUUUGGGAAGGCAAGACUCAAGAAGUGAUCACUUCUUAAGCUUGAGAACCUACCAUGAGCGAACUCUCAGAAAGCAAAAGAGAUAUAUUUAGGUUAUCAAUAUUAGUUUUUGUCGCUUGCUUCAUUUGUUAAAGUUCUAAGCUCUGUUAGUUCAUGAAGGCUAGCAACAUGAAGUAUCAAAGUUACACAGGACUUCAGAUCGUUUUUACUGUGCCGUCGAUAGCUACAUUUUGUCUUUCCUAGCCAAAACAAGAUCAAUUGAGUCAUAUGAUGGGCAAUUCCACAAAGAGCAACAACUGGAGCUAUGAUGUGGAUCUCCAAAAUUCUUUACAGAUCCGAGUGGAGCCUCAGAGAGGGGUGCUUUAAUAAAUAAAUUUCCAAGAAGGAAUAGGUCUGAAGACAGGACAAACAGUUGCUAAAACUGCACCAAUAAAGAUGACUGUGCUCUCCACUCAACUGGAAAAAGGUUUUGGAUCCCGGUGGUUGGAGAGGAAUGAGUCGGUUCAAAAGCUAUACAUCCAUAUUGGAAAGGCGUGGACGGUCUGCCCAUCUGUCUCAUAAAAGCAAGAGAAAUGGAUGUCUUUGUACAUUGUUUUGAUCUCUCCACAAGCUUAGAACUUCUACUGAUGGUUGGGCUGUUUCAUCCCCGAAAUGGCUAUGAUCUCAUAUAUGCUGUAUCGAGAUCUGCAAGUUGAAUACCUAACCAUGUGAAUGAAAUAAAGCUGUUUGCAAUAUUGUGAGCUUCUUUUAUGGCUUAGAGAAGUAAAAAAUUCAUCGAUUUUUCUUUAAAAAUAACAGUUUACAUGGUUUAUGCUUGUAAAUUCUAGGUUCUAAAGUAAACCUUCAGGAUAUGACUGCCAUAAAUAUGAAACAAUGAUGUUUGUGUG